AUGCCGAGCAUAGACUCGAAACGGUUGCCUCUCUGGCUCAAAAGGUCAUGCACUGAUGUACUCAAUCAGCUCACUAAGCCACAGCAGGCACCCACUUCCUCCAUCCCUGGUAUCCAAGUUUGCAAAAGCCGUGCAGGAGCAGUUCUUCAUGCACAACAUCUCACAUUCCUUGAGGGAGGCUUCAUCCUUGAUGCAUCCACACCUGGAGAAUUCAUUGGUGGGUUAAAGACUACCAUGUAA